AGGUACGAUUCGUGAUGGUGGCUCUGAUGCUGGCUCUCCUGGUGCUCCCGGAGAGCGAUGGAGCACCUACUCUCCUCACAAAGGCUAAGGUUCUCAAGAAAAUCAAACUCGGAGGACUUGUUCUUGGCAAAGGGCUAAAGAAAGUUGGAUUCGGUGGCAAAGGUGUCAUCGAAACACCGGUCGUGCAACCAGUCGUCUUCCACCAUGUGCAACCAGUCGUUUACCACCCAGUGGCUGUGGCUGCUGUUCCUGUUAUAGAAGAGCCAUCCUUUAAAUCCAAGAAGGCAGGAUUUUUCGACAAAAUUGUUGGAAAAUUGGUCGCCAAAAAGAUUACAGGAUAAGAAAAGUUUUUAAUUUUGUGUUUUAACUGUUUUUCAUCCUUUUAUCUGGAUCAAUUAAUGCAUCUUUAAUUAUCACGAGUUUGAUUUCAAAUAAAAGACAUCUAAAGUAACAAUGCCUGUACUGUAUAAUUCGCGGAAAAUAUGCUGUGUAUCAUUGAAUUCUUGACGUGGCAUAUAUUCAUGAUUUCUUCUAAGCAGAAAAGCUCAUAAACAUAGAAAAGCUCUUAAUCGAGGUUGAGUUAUAUAUGUCAGUUUUCAUGCGAGUUAUUUUCCAAAAUGGUACAAUGAUUGAUUACAUCAUUCGUCGCAAAUAAGUCGUGUCUCAAUAUCGCUGAAGAAAGCACCUGCAAAGUUAUGAAAGAAUUUUGACAA